AGAAAAAAAGCAACGCGCAUCGCUUCUCUUUUGGAAUUUAUGGUACUGUAACAAGGCUCCCUUUUGUGUUACCGCUGAUAUUUAACGUGAAAUCCACAAAAGUAACGCGUAAACAAUGCGUGAUUAACGUUACUCACGCUAGAAAUACGCUUCUAAGCGAAAUUGUGAGUAAAGUUCGCGAUAUAUGGAUCAAUAUCGCACAUUAGUUAAUAUGCGCUAGCGAGAGCGAAGCGUCGGUUCACCAAAUGGAGACUAAAUCCGGCGUAGGAAUUCAAGACCACUGGAUGAAGAGUAUGAUGGAGCCGGCGUCUAGUGACAAACAAGAUAAUCGUUCGUCAGUUAAACGCGAAAAAAUGGCUGAGGCAUUCAACGGCGGUGACGGCGUAACAUACGAAUUGAAACAACAGCAAAACGACUCAAGAUACAGGUGCGAUGUUUGUGACUUGACGUUUGAAGGCAUGGAAUAUCUGAUGCUGCACAAGAAGUUCCACGGAAAUGAUAAGGAUACGCCGAUUAUGGAACCCGAGCCCCAAGUGCAUCAUAAAGAAGGGCCGAAGAAACGACGCAAGUUUAAAUGCGACCAGUGUGAUGUCAAAGUUAAUUCUCAGUAUCACCUGGACAUACACAGGAGCAAGCAUGAAGGUGCGUCUUCCAAAAAGUACAUAUGUGAGGUCUGUGACCGCAGUUUUGUUGCAGCACAGUUCUUGAAAAGUCACAUGCAAACACACUCUUCAACCUCCACUAUUAAUUGUGAGAUUUGCAACAAGAGUUUUACUGGACAAGCUUAUUUGAAACUACACAUGCAAUUACAUAAUGAUAUAAAGAAGUUUAAAUGUUCGAAGUGUGACGAGAUGUUUCCUACAAAAAACUGCUUGAAACUACAUAUGAAAAAGCAUUCGAAAGUGAAAAACUUCAAGUGUGACUGCUGUAAUAAGCUCUUUGUUUCAAAAAUAACUAUGGAGAAACACAGACACACUCAUGAGGGCCAGCCGCUAGACUGUCACGUAAAAUGUACGCAGUGUGAGAGAACUAUGCAUUCGUCAUUACUCCGUACACACUUAGCCCGGGCACAUCCUCCAACCGUAGGUGACGAUGUGAAACGACCGCAUAAAUGUCAAACAUGCGGUAAAAGUUUCAUUGUCCGAAUAAACCUUAACCUGCAUAUCAGAGUCUGUCAUCCAGAUCUUGCGGAACCGGAGGAUGAUGACGAGGAAAUCAUGACAGACAACUCUUAGUGUUUAGUGCAUGUAAGCUUAUUGCUACGUAUUAUUAUAAAUAAUUAUACUUUUUUAUGGUAACCCCAGUAGUUUGAAUUUUUGUUUUGUCCCUGUAUCAACUUCCAGUUAGUUUAAGUUAAAUAAAGCAAAUAUUUUUUGUAUUGAA